CGAUUUGGGAAGUCUCACACAAACACAUGGGGAAGUAACAGGCAACUUGUUUGAAGCCCUCUGUUUCGAACCAUGAGCCCAUUUGCAUAAAGGGGAAACCACAACGGAGGGUGGGCGUGAGAUGAGGCUUUUACUCCGUCGCCACCUGUGAAGGCGCAUUUCUGAACCUGGAGAAGCACCGUCGUCAUGGUCACGGACCCCAGCAAAGUGGUGGAGAACGUCUACCUCCUGGUCAUCGUCACCCUCAUCAGCGUGUGGCAGAACGUGUUCUUCGCCCAGAAGGUAGAGAGGGAGGGCAAAGGCCAGACGCCCAGCACGGCUGCCUUUGAACGAGUGUCCUGUGCCAAGCGUAACUGCAUGGACGCGUAUCCCACGUUCCUGGCGGUGAUGUGGUGCGCUGGCGUGUGCCUCAGUCAAGCUCCCGCCGCCUUUGCUGGGAUCAUCUACCUGCUCGUCCGGCAGAAGUAUUUCAUCGGCUACCUGGGACAAACCUCCCAGAGCACCCCGGGCUACCUGUUCGGAAAACGCAUCCUCCUCUUCCUGUCCCUGAUGUGCACCGUGGGAAUCUUCAACUACCUGCUGGCGCGACACUACGGCAGCGACUAUAAGGACUACGUGGAAACCGUCACCAACGUGUUAUCGGCUCUGCUGCUCCUACCUUAGUCCAGACACACACACACACACACACACACACACACACGCACACACGCACGCACGCACGCACGCACACACACACACACACACACACACACACACACACACACACACACACACACACACACACACACACAGCGGAGGCGGAACUUCAUCAAUGCCACAA